GUUGUUUGACAAAGGAGAGUUUAGAUCAACUUAGUGAAUGGUUCCCUUCUUAUGGGAUCAGAGAAAAGGAACAGCUGCAUGAGAUGGGCUAUGAAGAACAGUUUGCCCUUGGAGAGUAUUGGCGGGACAUGUUCCCUCAGCUCAACAAUGUCUCCUAUGAUCCCCAAAAGUUUAAGAUAGAAUUCACAGUGAAAAACAGGACUGGCCAGAGUGCUUAUCAUUUCUUACGGGGGAUGUUUGGAGAUGAUGCCAUUGGCACCAUAGAACUUCCUGAGCCAUAUAGUCCAAACUUUAUCUUAAGGGCAUAUAAAUCCUGUCCAAGAUGGCUGAAAGAAGUUUACAAAAAUGAAGAAACAACUUACAAGGAAAGAAGGUUAUUUACACAGGGAGAGAUAUUCCAGAGUACCCUCCAUGCUGUCAGUUCCAGAUUGGGUUUUAUGCACCCGGGAACUUGAGGCCAUUUAUGAUGAGUGCAGAUACGAGAUGGCGUGGUGGCCCAAACAAAAGAGUGCUUGGUGUAUGCCAUUCACAAGCUAUGAUUUUGAGGUGAUGGAGUACCACCAGGACUUGAAGUAUUAUUAUGAAGAUAGUUACGGCACUCCUCUUAACUCUGAAACAGCAUGCAGGACUUAUAAUGACCUGUAUUCACAUUUCAGAACUACAAUAUCUCAAGAAGAAGCUAAACCUCAAGGGAUAUUUUACUUUGCUCAUGACAAGACCAUUCUCAAGGUUCUGGCUCGUAUUGGCCUGUUUCGACCUCUGGAACAUUUGAGACACGAUAACUUUGCUGAGAUGAGAGACCGUGUGUGGCGUUCAAGCUUUGUAUCUCCAUUCAGUGCAAAUAUUGUAUUUGUACUUUACCAAUGUGGGACAGAGUUUAAAGUAGGCACGUUUUUUGAAGGUCAGCCUACACCUCUCCCUGAAUUAUGUACAGGUGUAGCUUGCCAAUGGAAAGAAUUGCAGCCAUGGUUGCAUGAAAACUACCAGACCUGUGACUUAAGCCAAAUAUGUAUGAUGCAUGAUGAACUGUGAUUUAUGUGCGGAUUUUUAGAUUUGUAAAGGAUUUUGGCAUAAUAUGGUAUAGGUUUGUAAAUAGUCUUUCAGGGGGAUAUAUAAUUCAGUCUUGUUAAAUAACUAACUGAUGUAUCAUAAUAUUUUUUUACACUGAAGUGAUAAAAGAUACAUAGUUCAUAGAUGUUUGUUGACUUAUCAGUGCUUGAUGAAUUAUUUAUUCUAGUACAAGAUAUUUUUACAGUAAAAAUAACAAAAUGAAAUGCAUUUUUAAGAAUGGCUAUUGUUCUGCAUUUUUUUUUUUUGUGCCUUAAUCUUGCUAGAUUAUUAUUACUAAGAAAUUCUCAUCUUGAUAAAAAAAAAUUCUCAUGUAUUUAAAUUGUCUUGAAAUACAUGAUACCCCAUAGAAAGGUAUUACAUUGACAAAUAGACUUUUAACCCAUUAACUGCCAGCAAAGAUGAACCCAAGACCAAUUGGUAAUGCAGGUCAGUUUUUAUUAUUUUCCUAAAACCAAUUUAUCUAAAAAUGGUAAUAAAUCUGGAUACUGUACACAAAAAAGAAUUUCAGGAGGAGAUUCUGAAUACUAAAAGGAACUUUAACAGUGUUAAGAAUUAUACUAAUUUGCAAGUUGGUAAUACCUCUGACAUAUAUGUUCCCUGUUGGCGGCCUAUGGGUUGAACAUUAUACCACUACUUAUUUUAUCUUGUUGUGACGAUUUUGAGAGACUAAGCUCAGGUUUAUGAAUUUUAUUGUGUGCUACUUUAUAAUAUUUCUGCAUUAUGAGAAUUGUCCAUUUUAGCAUUUUAUGGUUUCUGUAAAUGUUGCAAUCUUCUAAUUAUUGCACUUGUCUCUCUCAUACACACUCACAUGUACUCCCAUGAUUAGUCAUGAAUUCCUAUAGUAAAAGUUAAUAUUUGAUCCAGUCUCAGAUGUAAAUACAUUUCUUUUCCAUUAAUUUGGUCUGGUUGCAAAUAUUGGGACAGUUACAGCUCAUCAGCCUUGGGUUCAUACACAGAAUAUAUAUUACCUUCCUCAUAAUAAUUACUGCAUUAGCAUUAUUUAUGGUAACAACUUAACUAGGUUUUUCAUAGAGUUUAGAUUCAUAUUCAUGUUGUGGUUGAGUGUAAAUGGAGUCUUUUCAGGUUUUAUUUAGGUGCUAAUAUGGUAAAAAUAUAGAAUUAUAAUAUUUUUAUGACAAAAAAAGAUUAGGUUAUAGCUCCCUUUAUAUUGUUACCUUAUCUAUUGUUUAUAUAAGCUAUCGUUAAAAUACCUAAUUAUUUGACAUUUGAAAGCAAAGUACGAUUAAAUGGUAAUGUAAACAGAACUACAUUUAUGCAUGUCCUGUUAGAGCAGUUUUAUUAUUUGCAGGGCAACUUUGGGAAUGUAUUCAUGUUUUAUUUGAGACAUGUUUGUGUACAUAUUUUAAACCUUGUAUACUUAGAGUUACCAUAAUUAGAUUAUGAUUUUAUUGUUUAUAUUUAUACACAGUUACUUUAAUUGUUCAUAAGGGAUAAAAAUAUUAGUUCUAUUGAAUGCGCAUCAUGUAAUGAAGGAUAAUAGAGGUAAAACUAGUUUCAUUAGUAUACAUAGCUGAGUAUUUUUUUUUUUGUAUCUCCCUGUUAGUAAUUGCUAUCUGUAUACAGUAUUGCCACAGUAAACUUAAAAAUCAAAUUGUUUUUGUUAUACGAAAAGAAGGCUUAUUGUUAUUACAAGAAAACAAGAAAUAAAUGUGAAUAAUUAAAA